AUGGCCGCAAUAUUGUUGCCAACUAAAGCGAGCAGGGAUACAAGGAAUAAUCCGGCUGCUGUAGACGCGCUGAACCCGCCACCCCCACUACCCGGCCUGAUGAUAACCAGGGAAGCUGGACGACACUGGUCGGACUCGCGACUUCGUCCAUCUGCAGCGUCUGGUUUGCAUGGGCUAGCCUCGACCCUCGAUGCAGUGAGCAAUGCGAGGGAAGUCGUGGACGAUCGGAAGCUUGUAUUGCAAGAUUCUGGUCAAGAAACCGAUACUGCAAUGUCGUUAUCUUGGUCUUAUUAUACGGAUUCAUGGAAUGCCCCUCUGUACGGCGCCCCAAGCGCCUUCAUUAGUCAACACAGUGCUCCGACACUGAAAACGCACGAUUUAUCUUCUAUCUCGUUGUCGAGCGGGCACGGCGACUUGAUCGCGAUGCCGUUCGACUACGGUCGUCCGACCAGGUCGCCGUCCCACACAUCCUCGUCGUGGGCCAUGUCGGUUGCCGGUUCGGAUAGUGAUUCGUCAAUCGUGUCGGAUGAAGAGCAGCAGGAUGAAUCGCCCGGAUUAAACGAGCGAAGCUCAAUCGUCGUAAAUGCGCCUCCAGCCGGGCCCUGUAGCAAGACCUGGUCUCUUCCUCCGAGGACUCGACGGAAACGAAAGAGCACGCCAGAAGAUUCAUCGAAGAAAAAGCAUCGAAAAUCAAGCACGCGCCGCCGCGGUCCGUUUAAGGAUGAAAGCAAACGCACCGAAACAGCCCUUACUAGGAAUCUGAAGGGCUGCGUCCGAUGUCGCAUGAUGCGGAUAAGGUGUGAACCAGAUCAUAAAGACCCUUAUACAAACGAUUGUCUCACUUGCCAACGGGCACACCAAUCAAAGGCCCCCAGUAUCCGAAAACUCCCCUGUCUCCGGAUGAUCAUCACCGACGUGUCGUUAUACCGAGAACAAGAAAUGCCAUGUCAACUUUUCAGCAGACGAUGGCAGAGCAUGGAGAUUGUCGACAUCACAGACUGGGCAUCAUCCGAGAUCAAGACAAUAACGUUAUCCCAAAUUCACGUCGACGCUCCAUAUGAUGUGCAAGUGAGGAAAUUCAUACCAAUGGAGGGCGAUAUGCUGGAAUCGACGUGGGCAUCGGGGCAUUAUGUCAGACGCCAUCCAAUGCCACAAUAUGCGCUCGCUGAUAUGGAGGGUGCUGCCGAAACACUGAAGUGGUUGACGGCCAACUAUGUGGGUGCGUACAUCAAGUACGAGGUCGGCAAUCUGGACCUCUUGAUCUGGCGCACCUACUACUUCGCCUUCACUUAUCAAACAAAAGCAAAGACUGCACGAGAAAAGGCCCUGAUCAGAGACUGCCUCCAGUUCUGGGUCGGCUGCCGUAAAAUCAGCAAUCCAGAGUACAUCAGGUACUUCUACGAAGCCGUUGGAGGCACGCCGGUGGAUGACCCCGCUAGUCGUUACCAUGAAAAGGUCCCAAUGCCCGGUAUCAUGAUUGCUCAGAUGGAAUGCAUCAUGUACACCAGGGUUCUUCGCCCUCUCUGCGGUAGGGUGUUGACGGGGUUGAAAGACCUGAUCACCGAGAACAAGCGCGAGCAUUGGUUGACAAUAUACCUGACCUUGUUCAUCUUGCUCCACAGCUGUGCGAUGCUGACAAGACGGGACUGGGAGACAGCUCGUGAAUUCGGCCUUGAGAGCGUAUAUGCUAAUUGCCAAAGCAUUGAAGGCAUGCAGAAGGGCAUGCAGACUGCGUUGGCCCAUUUUCACUACCUCAACAAAGGCGUUCUUCCGUUCCAUCUAACCUAUGACGAAAAGUCGCUCCGCAACUUGGCGACCGCCGCUGAGCUAGACAAUGAUGGGCUCAAGUUCGUCAAAGAGACCUCCCAGCACAUCAAUCACCCUGGUCGAGCCGCGCGCAUGGCCGAAAUCCGGAAAAACAAGGAGUACGGAGAUGAUCUGUAUUGGAUUUCACAGUUAUAUGAGGUUGAAUGGGUGCCUGGACCGACUGUUUAA